AUGAAAGGGGAUUCAAGAAAAUGGGUGGUAUUAGCAGCAGUAAUAUGGAUACAAGCUUUCACGGGCACGAACCUGGAUUUCGCGUCAUACUCGACUCGUCUAAAGUCGGUUUUAGGCGUUUCUCAAGUGCAGCUCAACUACAUAUCGGUGGCUUCCGAUGCGGGCAAGGCCUUUGGAUGGUGUUCGGGUAUUUGUCUGUUGUACUUCUCGGAAAGCGCUGUUAUGUUUUUUGCUGCUAUCAUGGGACUCAUCGGUUAUGGACUGCAGUGGCUUGUCAUUCAGCAGAUUAUAUCAAUGCCUUAUUAUCUGGUACUCAUAUCCUCGCUGCUGGCCGGCAGCAGUGUGUCCUGGUUCAACACCGUGUGCUAUGUAGUCUGCAUCAAAACAUUCCGAACAAAUAGAGCCUUAGCUCUCGCUCUCACCAUAAGCUUCAAUGGCUUGAGCGCCGCCAUUUACAACCUCACGGCAAAUUCCAUCGACCCGAACAACGACACCAAACUUUAUCUCCUCCUAAACGCCACUAUCCCACUAAUAACGUCCGUUUUAGCCCUCAGGCCAAUCAUGCGUUCUUCCGAGCCCCAAUCAGCGGGCCCCACUCAUCGCGACAGGUCUAAUUUCAUCAUUUUAACGGCACUAGCCGUUAUCACGGGCCUGUACCUUCUUGCCUUGAACUCGAUGUCGUGGAAUUCAUUUGCGACUCGUGUCAUCUUAUCGGGAGCUGUUAUUUUAUUAUUACUUCCCUUAGCCACACCGCGAAUAAUAAACAGCUAUAUUGGGAGCUCAACCGAAAAUGAUGACCUGGAGAUUCAAAAAGAGCUUAUAGGAACCGAGGCAUUAUUAAACAGCAGCUUAAACGAGAAUGCUUCACAGAAAGAUCGACUGGUGGUGGUGCUUGGGGACGAACAUUCGACUGCAAUGCUUAUUAGAAAUCGAGAGUUUUGGCUUUACUAUGUUGUUUAUCUAUGUGGAGGGACAUUGGGGCUGGUUUACAGUAACAACCUGGGACAAAUUUCACAGUCGUUGGGUUUUCACUCGGAUGUGAGAUCGCUGGUUUCUCUCUAUUCCGCUUGCUCGUUCUUCGGCCGCUUGCUUUCCACAGUACCAGAACUCGUACAAAGCAAGAUGUAUUACCCGAGAACCGGAUGGCUGACUUCGGCUCUUAUCCCGUCCCCGCUUGCAUUCCUCGUGCUCGUUUCAUCCAACAGCAAAUUGGCACUUUUUACGGCCACAGCCUUGAUUGGACUCAGCUCGGGUUUUGUGUUCUCAGCAUCGGUAUCGAUAACAUCGGAGCUUUUCGGGCCCAAACAAGCCGGAGUCAACCACAACAUUCUCAUCACAAACAUCCCUCUCGGGUCUUUACUCUACAGCCUCCUUGCAGCUCAAACAUAUGAGGCGAAUAUAGGAAUUAAUUCGGCCGAGGAUGUUUUGAGCGACUGCAUGGGAAAAGAUUGCUAUUACGAAACUUUCAUAUUUUGGUGGUGGAUAUCGAUGGUUGGUUUAGCCUGCAGUUCAUUGCUUUACCGCAGGACUAAAGGUGCUUACGAGCGGCUGGAGAAAGAAAAACACGUCACUCGAAUCACGUUGUUGAGACCGUUUUCAUUACCCUGUGAUGGGAAUUAA